CGUGAUCACGACACUAUCCUUCAAAUAGUUUUGCAUAAAAACGACUUGCAUGGAUCAAAGGAUGAAGAUGGCUGUAUUUUGCCAACGUUAGUGUAUAUGGCUCGUGAGAAGAGACCUCAGUAUCAUAGUCACUAUAAAGCCGGAGCUAUAAAUUCAUUGCUAAGAGUGUCUUCAAGUAUUAGCGAUGGGAAAAUCAUUCUAAUUCUAGAUUGUGACAUGUNCUCAACCCAUUCUCAAUCAGUGAGAGACGCUCUAUGUUUCUUCAUGGACGAAGAUAAAGGCCCAGAAAUUGCUUACGUGCAAUUUCCGCAAAGUUUUGAUAAUAUAGGAAAGAAUGACCUCUACGGGAAUUCUUUACUUGAAAUUGUGGAGGUAGACCUCCCUGGCACGGAUGGUUUUGGUGGCCCUAUUUUCAUUGGAACUUGUUGCUUUCUUAGAAGAGAUGCUCUGUGUUGGAACAAGUUCAGUCGUGAAUACAAAAAUGAAUGGAAUGAUGAGAAUGAGAAUGAGGUGACUGAAGUAAACUUGGAUGAACUAGCAAAAAAUUCAAAGGCUUUAGCAGAUUGCACUUAUGAAACAAAUACUUUAUGGGGGAAAAAGAUUGGUUCAAUAUAUGGGUGUCUUGUGGAGGACGUGGUAACAGGGCUAUGGAUACAGUCACAAGGAUGGAAAUCAGUAUACUAUAACCCAUCAAUAAGAGCUUUUUCUGGUAUUGCUCCAACUAACUUACUUCGCUCACUAGUUCAACUAAGAAGAUGGGGUGAAGGUCAAUUGCAGAUUUUGUUUUCUGAGUUCAGACCUAAAUGUUAUGGUCAUAACAAGGUCAAGUUAGGCCUACAAUGGGGAUAUUUGCAUUAUAACACCUUUGCAAUCACUUCCUUAUCAGUACUAUAUUAUUCCAUCAUCCCUCCACUCUAUCUCCUUAAGGGCAUUUCCUUCUUUCCAAAGAUGUGUAGCUUAUGGUUUAUACCUUUCGCAUGUGUAAUUGUUGGGGAAAUUGCUUAUAGUUUGAUUGAGGGUUUGAGUAAGGGAGGAUCAAUCCAAGGUUGGUGCAAUGGUAUAAGAAUGUGGUUGUACGUGAGAUCAAGUUCCUUUCUAUUUUCCUUAUUAAGUUUCAUCUUAGGAUUCUUUGGACGUUCAAAUNCAUCAUUUUUACUCACACCAAAGGUCACAGAAGAUGAUCUUGCUCAACGUUACGAGAAAGAGAUCAUGGAGUUUGGAACCUCUUCUCCUUAUUUCACUGUUCUAGCAACAAUUGCAUUGCUCAAUCUGUUUUGUUUGCUUUCAACUUUAAAGGAUUUGNUCCUUGCCAAAAGUGCUUUUGCUGGAGAGAAAAUGGCAUUACAAGUUCUUCUGUGUGGAUUUUUGGUUUUCAUCAAUUUUCCCAUAUACGAAGCCAUUCUUAUUAGGAAGGAUAAGGGUAGAAUGCCAACCNUUCUUUCUGUGAAGUCUACUAUAAUAGCUUUCACUGCAUCUGUCUUCUUCAAACUAUUCAAUUGAGUACAUUGAUGCACUCUUUGCUUUUAUCCUCUAAUUGGCAAAGAUAUUUGCU